GAAAAAAAAUACAACAAACAAAAGUUUCCCCUUUGGAUUCUCUCUCCUCUCUCUUCUCUCUCUCUCUCUGCAUCUGUGUCGUGCACUCUGAUCUCGCCACGCCUCUGUGCAGGCACAGAAUCCUCCGCUCCCCUCCGAUUUGUUCUCUGCAUCAUCGAAGUAAAGUGGGUCUCAGCUCAACUCCUCUCUUCGUCGUCUCAACACACACACACACACACACUCUCUCGCUCUUCUGAUUUUGGACUAUCUUGAGUAGAUUCGGGGGGUAAAAUGUGGGUUUGGUAGAGAUCUCGCGCAAACUGUUGGUGGGUAUUGGGCCAUUUCUUGUUCUGCUGCUAAUCGUUCAGCUCCCUGUAGGUUCGAUUCCGUUCGUUCCCCCCUCAAUCGCUUGGAAUUGCUGCAGAUUUCUGCGUAAAGUUCGGUUUUUUUAAGGUUAGGGAGGAUAGUUAAGCCCUAAUUCCAUCUUGUGCUGGAUCAUUCUAUCUGGGGUUGGAUCAUGUCAUCGGUAGAAGCAGCUGAGAGUGUAAAUUUCAGUAGACAUUUUGUUUUUUGUUUUUUCUAAUUUGGUGUUGGGGGAGGAGAAUUUUUCUCCAUUUCUGGGGUUGUUUUGAUUGUUUGUUUGUGCUGAGAGAAACCCUAGUGUGUUUAUUGUGGAGAUCUGGGAGUUGUUCCAUCUCUUAUGCCACAUGAGGACAUUCUUUCCCUCUGAAUCCUAUAAAGAGACACAGCUCAAUGCCCUCAAUCCACAGUCUUGGCUUCAAGUUGAGAGAGGGAAACUCUCCAAAUCCUCUUCUCAGCACUCCUUUUCUUCCUCAAUAGAAUCUUUGAUCAAGGUCCCUGAGCCGCCAAUUUUGCCAUAUUUUAAACCCAUUGAUUAUGUAGAAGCUUUAGCACACAUCCAUGAAGAACUAGAGACUUGCCCUCCUCAAGAGAGGUCCAACCUAUACUUACUGAAGUUCCAGGUCUUCAGGGGCCUUGGAGAAGGCAAAUUGAUGAGAAGGAGCCUACGUGCAGCUUGGCAAAAGGCAAGCUCUGUUCACGAGAAGCUCGUCUUUGGUGCUUGGUUGAAAUAUGAGAAACAAGGAGAGGAGCUUAUUGCUGAUUUGCUUGGAACUUGUGGUAAGUGUGCCCAAGAAUUUGGCCACAUGGAUGUUGCCUCUUUGCUUCCGAUUGAUGUAAGUGUGCGAUCAGAGGAGAAUGUUUCCUUAGAUGGUGAUACUGCUCCUAGGAAUGUGGUCUUCAGGAUUGGGGAUGAGAGGAUAGUCUGCAAUAGGCAGAAGAUUGCUGGCCUCUCCGCUCCAUUUCAUGCGAUGCUUAAUGGAUGCUUCACAGAAUCACUUUUGGAAGACAUAGAUUUGUCAGAGAACAACAUCUCUGCUUUGAGCAUGGGGGCUAUAAGUGAAUUCUGCUCGACAGGCAAUUUGGACGAAGUUCCUCCAGACCUUUUGCUGGAAAUACUGGUUUUCGCAAACAGGUUUUGUUGCGAAACUCUGAAAGAUGUAUGCGACAGGAAGCUCGCAUCUCUCGUUUCUUCAAGGGAUGAUGCAGUGGAACUCAUGGACUACGCUCUCGAAGAGGACUCCCGCGUUCUUGCUGCUUCCUGCUUGCAAGUGUUUCUCCAUGAGCUCCCCGAUUGUUUGAGUGAUGAGAGGGUGGUCCAAAUAUUUAGCAAUGCUAAUAGGCAGCAGAGGUUGAUCAUGGCGGGGCCAGCUUCUUUCUCGCUAUACUGUUUGUUAGGUGAAGUUGCUAUGAACCUCGACCCUAGGUCAGACAAGACGGCUUGUUUUCUCGAACAAAUGCUGGAAUCGGCUGAGAAUGAGAGACAGAGGUUAUUAGCUUUCCACCAAUUAGGCUGUGUUAGACUCUUGAGAAAGGAGUUUGAUGAGGCAGAAAAUCUCUUUGAUGAAGCCUUCAGGGCAGGCCAUGUUUACUCUGUUGUGGGAUUGGCAAGACUAUCUUACAUGAAGGGUCAAAGUCAAUGGUCAUAUGAGAAGCUUAGCUCUGUGAUCUCAUCCCAGUCCGAGAGCCCUCUAGGAUGGAUGCACCAGGAAAGAUCACUAUAUUGUGAUGGGGACAAGAAGUGGGAAGACCUUGAGAGUGCGACUAAACUGGAUCCUACACUCACAUACCCUUACAUGUACAGGGCUGCUUCCUUGAUGAGGAAGCAAGAUGUUCAGGGUGCACUCUCGGAGAUCAAUCGAGUCCUAGGGUUUAAGCUUGCUCUAGAGUGCCUUGAGCUACGCUUCUGCUUCUACCUUGUCAUCGAGGACUAUCAAUCAGCAAUUUGCGAUGUACAGGCAAUCCUCACUCUGUCCCCAGACUACAGGAUGUUCGAGGGACGUGUGGCAGCUUUCCAGCUCAGGACGCUUGUGAGGGAGCAUGUUGAGAACUGGAUGACAGCCGACUGUUGGAUGCAAUUGUAUGCCCGGUGGUCUUCAGUGGAUGAUAUCGGGUCUCUGUCUGUUAUCUACCAGAUGCUUGCCGAGUCCGAUGCGCCAAAAGGUGUCUUGUACUUCAGACAGUCUUUACUUCUUCUGAGGUUGAACUGUCCUGAGGCAGCAAUGAGAAGCUUACAAUUAGCUCGCCAGCAUGCAAGUGAUGAACACGAACGCCUAGUCUAUGAGGGUUGGAUAUUAUAUGACACAGGGCACUGUGAGGAAGGCCUUCAGAAAGCGGAGGAGUCCAUAAAAAUUAAGAGAUCGUUUGAGGCUUUCUUCUUGAAGGCCUAUGCUUUGGCAGAUUCUAGUCAGGAUCCAUCUUGUUCGUCAACUGUUGUCUCACUACUUGAAGAUGCUCUUAAGUGUCCCUCUGAUAGGCUUCGUAAGGGUCAGGCGUUGAACAAUCUCGGGAGCAUCUAUGUUGACUGCGGGAAACUAGAAUUAGCAGCUGAUUGUUACGUCAAUGCCCUCAAUAUCCGUCAUACUAGGGCCCACCAGGGCCUCGCUCGAGUGUAUUACCUCAGGAACGAGAAGGCAGCAGCUUAUAAGGAGAUGACUACAUUGAUUGAGAAGGCACGGAAUAAUGCCUCUGCAUAUGAGAAGAGGUCAGAGUAUUGUGAACGUGAGCUCGCUAAGUCGGAUCUUGAGAUGGUAACGAAGUUGGACCCGCUUCGGGUUUACCCCUACAGAUACAGGGCUGCAGUGUUAAUGGACAACCACAAGGAGAAGGAGGCGAUUGCGGAAUUAUCACGGGCAAUCGCGUUCAAGGCGGACCUCCACCUUCUCCACUUGCGGGCAGCAUUUCAUGAGCACAUUGGCGACGUUUUGGGAGCCCUAAGAGACUGCCGAGCAGCUCUCUGCGUGGACCCUUACCACCAAGAGAUGCUCGAGCUGCACAGUAGGGUAAACAGCCAUGAGCCGUAAAAUCUCUGGCCCGAGAAAGGCAGAAAGGUAAAAGGAAAGAAAGAAGAGGGACACACUUGCAAAGAAAAAUUGAUUCUCUUUUCCUUUUUGAAGUUUAUAGUGUAUAGUAGGCUUGUGCAUGUAUUAUUGUCGUCUACGGGACCAUGCCAUCCUGGCUUCUUUCUUUUUUUUUUGGCCUUGUAAUAUUUAUUUUUCUUCCGAUAAUUUAAUUUCAGGUAUCGGUCCUGUUACAGUGUUUUUGCCAAUGUUAUAUUGAAGUAUGAUGAAAUGAAAAUUGCUUAAAAGAUGUUUUAUCUUUGCA